AUGCAAUGCGCCGUCAUGAAAUAUUUCAAAGAUGUACCCGUGACGUAUUCUUUUACCAACCGCACCCAUGAAAAGAAACUCUCGCGAGAAGCCUUCGAGUGGCUGGAGAAGCAGGUCCAAAAGCUGGGUAAUAUAAGCCUUUCCGAUGAAGAGUAUCGGUUUCUCAAGACUCAUUGCGAUUAUCUGAAUGCUGAGUACCUGGCGUUCCUCAAGGAGUUCCGCCUUGACCCUCGCCGCCAAGUCAAGAUGACUUUUACGCCCGUCGGGGAUGACACGGGCUCGGCAUCGGACAUUGGUGAUGUUGCUAUGGAAAUUAAGGGUAGUUGGGCCGGCACUAUUCUCUACGAGAUUCCUAUGCUGGCACUGACUUCCGAGGCGUAUUUCCGUUACAUGGACACCGAUUGGAGUUAUGACGGCCAGGAAGAAGCCGCGUUCGACAAGGGAAUGCGCCUACUAGAAGCUGGCUGUGUCGUUUCCGAGUUUGGCACGCGCCGCCGACGCGAUUAUCACACCCAGGCUCUUGUCUUUCGCGGUCUCGUGAAGGCUUCCAAGGAAGCCGAGGCAAAGGGUCUCUCUGGUAAACUAACCGGUACGAGCAACGUCCAUUUGGCGAUGCGAUUCGGCAUCCCCGUGGGCACCGUCGCUCACGAAUGGUUCAUGGGAGUGGCCGCAAUCACGGGUGACUACAAGAACGCAACAGAACACGCGCUCCGCUUGUGGGUCGAUUCCUUUGGUGGGAAGCUUGGCAUCGCCCUGACCGACACUUUUGGCACGCAAGAGUUCCUCAAGGCUUUUAGUCUUCCCGUGACCCCGGCGGAAGAGGGCUUGUCGGUCGAUCGCUUCAAGGACGACAGCGGCAGAGUGCAGACCUACGCAGAGGUCUUCAACGGCGUGAGGCAGGAUUCCGGGAACCCCGCGUCUUUUGUUAAGCUGCUUCGUGACUACUAUGACAAAGCAGGCGUGGUUGGUAAGAAGACAAUCGUGUUCUCGGACUCUCUGGACGUUGAUCGCUGCUUGGAAUACAAGAAACUGUCCGAGGAUCACGGAUUCCAGCCGACAUUCGGUCUUAGCUCCGCGGCCGGAAGGCCCGCUGUCAAGAUUAGUGAUAAUAUUGGCAAGAAUACAGGCGACAAGGACACUGUUCACAGAGUCAAGGAGGAGCUCGGAUACGUUGAGCGCGACUGGGAACAGGGUGACGAGACAGCCCGAUGGGGAAAAUGA